AUGAAUAAAUCGAUGGAGAGCACAGAUUCAUCCACCGGAGGUUCACAGCAGCCCCACCUGCCACCAGGGUUCCGCUUCCACCCCACGGAUGAGGAACUGGUGGUGCACUAUCUCAAGAAGAAGGCCGCCGCCGCCCCUCUGCCUGUGUCCAUUAUAGCUGAAAUUGAUCUAUACAAAUUUGAUCCAUGGGAGCUCCCAGCUAAGGCGACGUUUGGAGAGCAAGAGUGGUACUUUUUCAGUCCGAGGGACAGGAAGUACCCUAACGGGGCUCGGCCGAAUAGGGCUGCGACUUCUGGAUAUUGGAAGGCCACCGGAACUGAUAAGCCGAUCUUGAGUGCCGGAGGGACUCAAAGAGUAGGGGUUAAAAAGGCAUUAGUUUUCUAUGGAGGGAAGCCUCCUAAAGGGAUCAAAACUAAUUGGAUCAUGCAUGAAUAUAGACUCCCCGACAAUAAACUGAACACAAAGCCUCCUGGGUGUGAUUUUGUUGGCAGCAAAAAGGGCUCUUUAAGGCUUGAUGAUUGGGUUUUAUGCCGGAUUUACAAGAAGAAUAAUUCUCAAAUGCCUAUAGAUCAAGAAAUAGGGGAUGAUCUGAUAGGAUCAUUGGCUAUUGGCCAACAGAAGCUGCAGCAUCAGCAGGGACUCAAGCUCUCAAACUAUGGCGGAUUACUUGAAAAUAAUGAACACAACAUGUUUUCUGGAAUGAUUAACGCUGCAAAUGAUGGAAUCAACACUAGCCAAAUUUCUCUAUCAGCCUCAAAACCACUUCUUCCAAUGGAACUCACACCAGCAUCGAGUACUUGUACUCUCCCAGCUAAGAGGACGAUUUCGAAUCAGUACUGGAACGACGAAGAAGUAGAUGCGAAUUCUCGUCUGAACAAGAAAUUUCUUGCAGAAAAUUGUGAUGGAACCAAUUCUAUUGCCACCAUCUUAAGCCAAAACCCUUCACAGCCAAUGUUGGGAUCUCUUGGUGAUGGCAUUUUUCGCCAGCCGUACAAUGUUACAGGCAUGAAUUGGUACGCCUAG